AUUGUCAACUAGUCCGAGUCACGUGAUUAACAUGUGCUUCAGAAGUCGACUCUUCACAAAAAGGAGGUAAUAAUUUAAAAUACAACAUGGCGGAGCGGGAAAGAGAUAUACAAACGUGUUGUAUUUCAGAUACAUCGUGUCAGUUUGGACUGCAGUCUGUUUGGGGCACCGGGAACCAAUUAUUUUUGUUUCCUGGCAAAAACCCUCUUCUCUCCAAUGAACGAAGACCUGCCACUGGUAAAAAUGAACAGAUUCGUGAAGUACAGUGGGACAUCGAUCUGCACCACCCUGUUCUCAGAAAAAUGGUCAACGAUUCACACAAUAUAUUUGUGAAUCUACAACGCCAGGCUACUCAGCUUACUGGAGCAGCAUUUCAUACACAAAUAUUAAAUUCAAGCAGGCAUUACAGAGCAACACAGAAAGCCUACCUAAAGGAUCUAGAUGAUAUGAUAGGAAGCACCAGGGAUGAGGAGCAGAGACAACAAUAUAUGGAACACUUGAAGCUACUCAAUAUCUCGGAGCUGAUUUGGAGUUUGUGUGAAAUCCUCUUCAUUGAGAGUCCUGUUGGUGGUCUGGUUGUUCCCAAGCUACUGGACUGGCUGAAGCUCCACUUCAUCACUGCGGGGAGACUGUUUGAUGACUUGAUGAAGGAAGAACAGCCUGAGAGCAAGACCACGUAUUGGGAUACGAUAUUUCGAUUGGUGCUUCAAGGACAGAUAGAGAAAGCCUGUCGUCUGCUUUCCUUACAUUCAGCCAGACAGACUGACGACUUUCAAACUCUCAUUAACUUAUUAAAGAGAAUGCCACAGUUAAGUAAUGUUUACAAAGGAAGUUCAGUGGCAGAGUUUGACAUGAAAUGGCGACACUGGAGAGAUGAAUGUCAAAGGAACUAUGAGGAACAAAAAUUCUCUAUCAAUCCAAAUCUGGAAACUGUAGUCAGGAUUCUGUGUGGUGAAGAUGCAGUGUUCAGUGAAGUGAAGGAUUGCUGUGACCCUUGGUAUCACAUGCUGAUUUCUAAAGCCCUUUAUCAGGACCCUACUGUCAAAGCCUGCGACCUCCAUUACUAUAUCCAGGGUUGUCAAGAUGCCUACAGGAGUACCACUAGGCUCGGAGAGCUGGAUAGCAUUCUUCUGUCAGCCUUAGAAUCGGACGUGUAUCAAGUCAUCAAAGACAGCAGGACUGUAUUCAGCAAUGGUUGGUUUGUGGCUCACCUGACAGAUUUACUGCACCACUGUGGACAGUUGGACUCCCACCGGCUACAGUUUGGUUCUGAUCUGCAGCGAGAGUUCCUACUUCUGGAGUAUGCUGGCUCUCUUAUGUCUCACCACAGUUUAUGGAUUGUAGGAGUUAGCUAUCUGGACCAUUGUGCAGAAUUUGGAAGGAAAUACCUUGAAUUGUACUUGGACCACAUUCCUUUGGACUCUGAGAAAAAAGCAAACAAAAUAUUAAAGAUAUGUGAGGACAGAAAUAUGACAGAACAAGCCAAAAGUAUUUGUAAGGUCAUGGGAAUGAGAUGUAUCAGAAACAAAAGACUAGGAGCAGCCUUGACCUGGUUUUUGAGGUCAAAGGAUGUGGGAUUCGCUACAGUUCUUGCUGAAAAGUAUCUUCUGGAGUACAGUGAGAGUGGAGAAUUCACAAACCUGGACCUGAUUGAUUACUUGGGGCCGUCCAUGUUGCUAAGUAACAGACUAACGUUUCUAGGGAAAUACCGCGAGUUCCACAAGCUGUACUCGGAGGGCGAGUACCACGCGGCCGGGGACCUACUGCUGGCCCUACUACAGGCUCGCCUCGCUCCAAAACAGUUUUGGAUCACGCUGUUAAUUGAUGCCCUCCCUUUACUUGAAAAAACAGAGCUGAUCUUCAGCAGUCAACAGACUCGUGAACUGAUGAAGUGCCUUGAGGAACUCACCACUGAAUACAAGCUAGGGAAGAAACGAGAUGGCUUGGGGUUCACAGAGGCUAGAAAAGACCAACUGGAUGUUUUAAAAUUGGCAUUGUCUAGAAACUUGCCAAAAGCAAUUUUACAAGAGGGAACAGUAAAUCUGCUUUAAACUUGUAUGGCUGUAAUACUUCCCUUGGUGUAUGUGUCAGGAGAGGCUUGAAUUGGAGGCUGAUAAAAAUCGGCCAGCCAGGAGUUAUGAUUCACAUGUGUUAAGACUUAUUCAUUGAACCAAGACAACAUCCACAUGUGUUCAACAUAAACAUUUGUGUUUUGACAAUGAGGGUGCAAUUUGGUUGUUGUUUUCAUUCAAGAAAAAAUGAAAUGUAUAAA